CCAUGUCAUCUUCUCCAUUAUUUAUAUAUUUACACUUCAAAUACACUUCUUCCUCUCUUCCUAUUCUUCCACCGAAUUUGAGGGCUUGUCCACCAUGGGUAUCUGCUUCGGUUCACCUGCUAAGUUGGCCCACGCUUCCUCUACCAACUUUUCUGGAAGUACCAGGACUGAUGUUGAGAUGAAGAAACAGUCUGCCUCUUCUGUCCAGCAAACAUCCAUGGGAAGUUUGAGCAAAUGCUCCAUAACAUUCAAAGAUGAUAAAACUGUAUCCAGUAGUCUAAAAUCUUUUAGCUUUAGUGAUCUUAAAAAUGCCUCCAAGAACUUCCGUUCAGAAAGUUUACUUGGAGAGGGAGGCUUUGGGUGUGUCUUCAAAGGAUGGAUUGAUGAACAUACAUUUGCACCUACUAAACCAGGAAGUGGGAUUGUAGUAGCAAUCAAGAAACUCAAGGUCGAAAGCUUUCAAGGGCACAAGGAAUGGCUUGCAGAAGUUAACUAUCUUGGUCAGCUUCGCCACGAAAAUCUAGUAAAACUUAUUGGGUACUGCGUUGAGUCUGACAACCGACUUCUGGUCUACGAAUUUAUGCCAAAGGGAAGUCUGGAGAAUCAUUUGUUCAGAAAGGGUGUUCAACCUAUUGCUUGGAAUAUCAGGAUGAAUAUAGCCAUUGAUGUUGCAAAGGGAUUAUCCUUCUUACAUAGCUUAAAUGCCAAUGUCAUCUACCGUGAUAUGAAGGCUUCAAACAUUCUACUUGAUUCGGAUUACAAUGCGAAGCUUUCAGAUUUUGGCUUAGCAAGGGAUGGUCCUACGGGAGACAAUACUCAUGUCUCAACCAGAGUUGUUGGAACUCGAGGUUAUGCUGCACCAGAAUAUGUAGCGACAGGUCAUUUGACCCCGAAGAGCGAUGUGUACAGCUUUGGUGUUGUCUUGUUAGAGUUGCUAUCAGGAAGGCGGGCAUUGGAUGAUGAGAGAGGAACAUUUGCAGAAGAAACCCUGGUUGAUUGGGCAAAGCCAUUCCUACUUGACAACAAACGAGUUUUGAGAAUCAUGGACACACGGUUGGGUGGUCAGUACUCAAAGAAAGCGGCACAGGCUGCAGCUGCACUUGCAUUGCAGUGCCUCCACACAGAUCCAAAGAACAGGCCAGCCAUGAUUGAGAUUUUAGCCACAUUGGAACAACUCCACACAUCAAGGGACACGCCAAGGACACCCACAAAUGCCAAGAUAGACCAACCGGUGGUUAAGCAUACGAGUAGUCCACGUAAGCCUACCAGAGCAUUUACAAACUCAGCUUGAUCCAUGGAUUCAGGUUUGCCUCAUGCAGAUGCAUUCUCAUGCUGAACAUAGCUAGUUUUACAGAUUUUCCAUACGAAAAAAAAUGGAAAUGUUGACGAAGUCUUUUUUGUUUUCCACAUAAAAGUGUUACCUUACCUAGUAUAGUUACUGAGAUUAUUGUACUAAUUCAUCACUCUACUGUGUAUAGUGUAUACCUUCCUCGGCCCUUGUAAGUGAACACCAUAAAGAACGUACUGGAAUCUUCAAUAAAUAUUGGUAUGAAACUGUUUGCUUU